UGGACCGGAAGUACGCGUUGCUCUCAGUCACCUUUGUCCAGUUAGCUGUCUUUGAUUAGCCACGUCAUGUAAACUUAGCAGCGCAGCAACUCCAACAGAGAAGCAGCCCCGUGUCCCAAGUGUUUAUUUAUAUUUGUUCGUUUUGUGAAAGGAGCCUUUAUUUCGGGGUAAUAUCUCGACAGACAUCGCAUGGAAAGAUGUCAGAUAUCGGGGACUGGUUCAGAAGCAUCCCGCUCAUCACCCGGAGCUGGUUCGGUGCCUCCAUCGCUGUCCCCUUUAUCGGGAAACUGGGACUAGUGGAUUUCAGGAAUCUGAUGCUGUUCCCGGAGCUGAUUAUAAACAGAUUUCAUGUGAGUAUGAUUGGAUUAUAUUCCCCAGUGUUUGUGGGAGACCAUCAUAAAGGCUGUGGUUGGUGUGUGUGUUGUUUGGGGUUGGUCAGUUAGCAGGUGGCUAACAGGGCUCACUCAGCAGGCCACAACUGCCAGACAGCCAAUGAGAGGCUGAGACGUAGGAGUUUACAACUUCCGGUAGCUGUCAAAGUGUGCUGUAUUGAGCAACACUUGUGCUUACAUUCACCUGCAUGAACACAAAAUCAGCAUUAAAGUGGUAUUUAAACUCCCAAAUGUGGAACAACGGUCAACUGCUUCUUUGGGCGAAACAGAAGCCGUAAUAGUCAGGAGAUGCUUUGGAUUUUCAUGCUGUAAAAUCAAAAAGGUGUUUUAAUUAGGGCCCGACCGAUUUAUCGGCGAGCCGAUUGAAUCGGCUAAUUCAGCCCAUUUGAGACUAAUCGGUAAUCGGCCAAAACUCGCCGAUUUUCGCCGCUUUUUUCAGAAGUAAAAUGCGGAGAAUAAGAUUCAGUUUCACUUCAAAAAUAUUCCGCCAUUUGAAAAGUUCCCCAACUUAUCCUGUAGAUGGUGCAGCGACCUCAUGAUAAUCUUCAUCCACUAACUACCUCACAGCACAGCUAAGUAAUGGAUCUGAAGCAGGCAGCUCAGGGAUGCACAGAGGAGAGUAGUCCGCCUCAAUGGUAAAUAAACCAUUUUGUGAAAUACACAAUAAGUCAACAAGUUUCAGUUCAACCCACUUCACAAUGUUCCCCGCUGUGCUGGUAUCGGUCACGCCGAGUUAACAGUGAAGCACCAUGUAAUAUGCAAGCUAAAGUUAGAGUUAGCCAUCUGCAAUUAGCCUUGCUACACUGUUAGCCGUGCCAGUAACGGUAGAAUAAACAACAGCACACAUUACGUGAUCAAGCUGCUUCUCUUACUGGGGCAGCUGCAUGUCUCCAGAUGAGACCGGACCAGAAAUGAGUAACGUGAGUUAAGAUGCGGAGGCACCGAUCGGCGCGGGGGGGUUAUCAAAAACGCUUUUCUGGUCCGAGUUUGAUCAUUUGGUCUUCCUGUCGGCAUGAAGAGUAGUAGCCUACAGUAUAUCUACAGUAUAUAUAUAUUUUAUAACUUGAUAAAAAAAAAAUUAAAAAUCGGCUGAUAAAUCGGUAAUCAGAUUUUUCCCCCCUUAUAAUUGGUAUCGGCAUUGGCAAAUCCAUAUCGGUCGGGCCCUAGUUUUAAUUCCUACCAGGGGUGUACUGAGACUUUUCCAAUCUAAGAGCAGAUUUUCAGGUGGCAUAGUUACACAAAGAGAAGCAGAGCCGGCCCAAGCCUCAAUGGGACCCCAAGCAAAAAUUUGAUUUUGGGGCCCUCAAUUUCUGCCAAUAAUAUUGAUUUUUGGAUCAUUCACACACCUACAGUAUAACUUUAAUGUCUUUACACAUUUAAGGGGGUGGCCCAGGUAAUAUCUUAAAUAACAUCAAUGCAACCAUACAAAUAAUACCAAUGAAUGAUUGAUGAAUGAUGCUCAGGGUGCCACAUAGGGUUUUUAAUCUUUAAAUGUAACACAUUCAGGAUGCUCAGUGCACAUUGCACAGCAGAGGGCACAUAACAGUAGCAGAACUUUGACAUAUCGGCAAUAAGAAUCAUAGGCCUACAUCAGCAGCAGCACUAAAAUAUUUUUGCUUUAUUUUAUUUUCACAAUAAUAUAUAGUUGAUCAUACAAAAAGCAAAAAAUAAAAAAAUAUAAAAAGUUUUUUGAUUGCUCUUGGGGCCCCCCUACUGGCUGCAGGGCCCUAAGCAGGCGCUUAGUUCGCUUUCAGUAUCAUUAUUCAGAAAGUGACUGUCUAAUAUUGUGUAAAGAUAAUAAAAUCUUGUACAGUUUCACAGCAUAACUGUUACACUAGAGCUUUGACCAUUAAAAGAAUGUUUUUUUUAUAACAACCCCUGAACUUUCACCACCAAAACACUUUUUUUAAAACUUUAAAACUAAACUCCUGUGAGCAGUUUUAGUUUAUGGUUUUGAAAUAGAUUUAAUUAACAGUGAUGCAGCGAUGACCCUCAAAACUCAGCCAUUGAUGAUAAAAUCUACUGUGUUUUAUUCCAUGACUUUGAAUGACUGCAACGAAUGUGAAGAGGGUAGGCGUCUGAAAACACUGCUCACAACAUGCUGAAUAACAGCCUCUCAAUGAUGACAGUUUUUCUAGAAAAUGCAACUUACAAUAUAGCUUCAAAAAAUCAGCACUUACAGAAAGUUCCACUCCGUAGCUCUCAGCUUUUGGUCUCAAAACUCAACUAUACUUAGAUAACAUUUGACACACUUUGGCUUGCGUGACAAUAACAAUUUGUUACUGAUAUCUGCGAUAAACAGAUAAUGUGGUCCCGCAUAGCUUACUGUUUUUCUCUAUUUACUGAAAUGUAUUUGGAUGCCGAGUAACCCCAUAAGAAAUCAAACAGUAACCUUGUGACUGCAUAUCAUCCUUAAGGGAAAAUGAAGAUGAAAACCGUGAUUAAUCGAAUUAUUUCUAAAUGGCAAUGCAGAUCCCACUGGAUUAAAUGCUCCGAAAUGACCCUUAUUGUCACAUUUUCUCAAACUAAUUAAAGUGUUGACGCACAUCCAGUCACAACCUUUGUGUUGGUAGAAGUUAUUGCACUCCGUGUCGUACUUUGUGGUUGUCCUCCCUCAUUUUCCUCCUUGAUAAAAAAGCUACUUCAAACAGGAAAAUCUCAUCACACCUUAGGUCACCUCUUACAUGUUGUACUGAUUCUAAUCUCUGACAUCCUUAAACUAAACCUUUGAAUCUGAAUGCCACUGUUUAAUGUGUAUGGUUUAUUCCAUGAGAGAUCUCACAGGCGUUAAAAGAAGAGCCUUUGGAGUCCAGAUCCACAAACAAACCGAGCUCUGCUAAUGUUUUCACACUGUUUUUAAUUGUGUAUUUUUCCUUUUGUUUGUUUCAGCUAUGGAGACCUGUCACAGCCACCCUGUAUUUCCCCAUAACACCUAACACUGGGUUUCUGUAUAUGGUCAACCUAUAUUUCCUCUACCACUACUCCACACGGCUAGAGACAGGUGAGACCAGCUCCUUUAUCGGCCUGUUUCAGUCCAGAUAGUAAACGUUUGGUGGUUUUUACCCUUUGUUCUUGUGUUGUUUUCCAGGAGCAUUCGAUGGCAAACCUGCAGACUAUGUUUUCAUGCUUUUGUUCAACUGGAUCUGCAUUGUUGUAUCCUUUAAGUGCACAAAAAUAACUUUUCCGUAAGUGUCCAACAUCCUUCAAGAAGUCGUUUCGUACUUGUAAAAAUGUAUCAUGGUUAGCUUGUGUCCCCCUUUAGCUUUGGUUGGAGCUUCAUGCUGCCGUCUGUCUGUCUGUCUGUCUGUCUGUCUGUCUGAACACCCCUUCUCCCCCAACACACACACUCUCACACUCUCACUCUCUCUCUCUCUUCUCUCUUGCCCUCUCUCUCUCUCUCUUUGCAGCACUGUGCCAUGUCAGGGUGGCUCUGUGCCAGUGGCCCAGUGUCAGUCUACCCCUGCAGAGCAGAGAAACCUAAUCUAGGUCACAUGCAGCACCAGUCUAACAGUCUGGGCUGCAUCUCCACACUGUUCUGUGCAUACUUCAGCCCUGACUUUUCAUACAUGUCUAUAUAUUCAACCGUUAGGUCUGUGAGACAGGUCUGGGCAGAUGUCCGACUAUUUCCACGUCUGUUACCCCUGACAAAUAGUGGGAAUGGGUGUAGGAGGUCGUCUGCCUGUCUGAGGAAGAGGAAAGUGGCAGAUUACAGUCAGUUUGUGUGGGGACAUGAUUUGGCAACCUUUCAGUAGCCCACAGUGAUAAUCUUUAAGUUCCAGCUGUGAUUGUAUUGAGCCGUGAGGUUGCUGUCCUUGACUCUGCUGCAGAUAGUUGGAAUGAUGAUGAACAUGCAGGUGAGGAACUUCUCUCUCGCUCACAGUUUUUCCUAGAACAGGAAUUCUUGAAGAGUGAAUAAGCACUGAUUUGAAAUUAUCACUGCGGAUAGACAGUAUGUUGGAGGAUUUUCAUGUUUCAAGCCAACUCAGAUAGGCUUACCUAAAGUAAAAUGAUCUUUGACUAAUUUCUAUUUAGUAUCUUUUUCAAUUUUUCUACAACCUUUACAUGACACUAAAUUAGACAAAUAGAUGUGAUGAUGAUAAUAAUAAUAAUAAUACUAAUAAUAAUAAUAAUUAUUAUUAUAUUAAUAAUGAUCUAUGUAGUACUUAAAAAAAAAGUUAUAAAGUUCUGAGUAGUUAGAAACAGUUGAUAAAUAGAGGACAUAGCAGUCAGCAGCUGUAGUUGUAGAAAUCCGUAUAUCAACAAAAACGGUAAAUAACAAUUAACUAGUUACAUCUUUGUUACUAUCUCAUACAUGUUAAAGUCCUCCUACCAGCUUUUUAAACAGUGAACUUAACCAGACAGUAUUUAGGAGCUUGUCUAAGGCUUUUCACUCCAGGGCGAUAUAAUACUCAAAAUACCAAGACUGCUCCUGAUGUGAGUGGGACUUGAACAAACAUUUGAAUAUUUCCUUUUGAAAACUGAAAACACAGCUGUUCUGGUAUUGCUGUAGACGUUGUUUAACUGGUUUCAUAUUGUUGUUGUUGUUUUUCAGUUGCUGAUGAUCCCUCUGAUCAUGUCAGUGCUCUACGUCUGGGCUCAGUUCAACAAAGACACCAUCGUGUCCUUCUGGUUCGGGACGAGAUUUAAGGUUAAGUUUUAUCCCUUCUAGUCGCAUCUCAUGUAGUAGAAUCUGAUCUAUUCUCCAUGAAGGUGUCUCAUGUUUUACUGUCAUAUUAAAAAGCCUGUAUUUAUGGUAAAGUGAACUGUUCCUGUUCCUCAACACGGGAAUAAUUCAGUCUGAUUAAUGAUGUUCUUCACACUCUGCUCUGAUUUAGGCACACUAUCUACCCUGGGUCAUCCUGGCCUUCAACUUCAUCAUCGGAGGCUCGUAAGUAACUCACUUUGUAUUUGAACUGAAGACACAGUUGAACAGGUGAAUUGUAAGCCCAGUGUAUUUUGAAUGCAGUGUUUCCCCCAGGUUGGGAAUUUACUUGUGGUGGUGGGCUGGGCUGGGCGGUGCCAUGGUGUUAUAUAAGUGCAUUCAAGAUAAUCUAGUCAAACUAAGGUUAUGAACUAUGUGUUAUUUAUUGCACAUACAGGGCUCCAGGCUAACUUGUUUUGCUAAGAGCACAGUAACCCCUAACUAAAGAUUUUAGGAGCGCAAGCAGAAAAUUUAGGGGUGCACACUGUAACUUGACUUGCAAGUCAAAUAAUUCACAUUUCCUCUUAUUUUCACUGUAUUACUGAUAAAUAGAUAAUAAAUGCAGAAAUUACAAUGUGCUGUUCUAUCAUUACACUGACCAAUGAGAAGAUUUUUUUCGCACAUGGCAUUUGUUUACAACUUUAGACUGCUACAGAUUGUUGCUUUGUUAACAAACAAGCCAAAGGAAAAAUGAAAAAAAAAAAAGCUAUUUACGAAGCUGACCGUUUCUGUCUGAGAAGUGUAUCUUUCUUUGUUUUGAAAAAAAGAUCUCUAAUGCCUUUCUGUAUGGAAAGGAUUCAAGGUCAGAUCCAUUUAUACUGAUUCACCGCAUUUGUCUGGAGGAAACCCUGCUGUCUAUGUAUCUGUAUGUUUUUUUUUCUUUUCUUCUAAAUUCUAUUUUCAUCUUCUUGGGUGGGCAACACUGGGGAAACACUGGAAUGUAAUAUCACUGUAUCAAUUAAGAUGACGACUGUUAGGGAAUAGCCUUUAUGCUACACUAGAAAUCUGUGUGUUGCUUUGGUGAUAGUACGGUCUAAGUAUUAUUCCUGAGGUAGUUGAUUAAACUUCCUUGAUUCUUUUUCUUAGGUUUGUAAACGAGCUGACGGGGAACCUGGUGGGUCACCUCUACUUCUUCCUCAUGUUCAAAUAUCCCAUGGACCUGGGCGGACGCUCCUUCCUCUCCACGCCGGAGUUCUUGUGAGUGUCAAAACUUUGCUUUACAUUGGAGUUGUGACUAUUAUCAAAUUUUUCCUUAAAAUUAAGUCUUUUGCUUUUGCACCAAGAUUUAGUGAUGUCGAUGCUACGUAAAAGUCAGACGUAAAAGGCAGUAAAAUAGACAACCUGGCUCAUGACAUGCAAGUUAAGGGCUGCAGAAGCCUUAUGUUGCCUGUUAGGAGCUGUAGCUUAGCUUUGCUCUCUUAAGGUCGAGGUUCAUAUCGGCCAUUGAAAAGCUGAAUCAAUCAGUCAGAGUGGUUAGAAGUCUAGAAAAGUGCUAUAAAAGUGCAGACCAUUUGAAUAUUGUCAUCCAAACUUUUUAAAUACUCAGACUUAAAAAGGACUUCCUGGUUCAGUUUGAGUCAUUUUGAUCCCAUGCUGAUUUUGAAGGAAAUGAAUCUUUUCUUUCAACGUUUCACUUUUUCUCUAAGUAUUAUUUGAGAUGGUCAGUCAAAUGCAGUAACUACAGGAGGAGAAUCUAUUUUAAUCAUGCAUAAACAUGGAAACGUAGCCGGACAGAUCAGAGCAGAUAACCUUAACAAAACAUGGUCACAAAUUUACCAGGACAUCAGAUUUGCUCGAUAGUUUGUCCUCUUCUCUCCUCUGAUCCUCUCCUCCUCUCUACAGGUACCGCUUCUUCCCCAACAGGAGAGGAGGAGUGUCAGGCUUCGGCGUCCCGCCCAGCAGACCAGCAAACUAUCAGGGGGGAGGAGGAGGAGGAGGAGGAGGAGGAGGAGGAGGAGGAGGAUUUGGAGGACGACACGCCUGGGGCCAGGGCAACCGUCUGGGGGGUGAAUGAGAGAAGACAAGAGGAGAGAGCUCCACCCUUAACCCCGCCCCUCUUUGCUCCUGAUCACAACAUGGUUGUGCAGUUAAUGUUUCCGGUUAAAAUUCUUGCUUUUUCACACUAUAAUUUAAACUUGAUCUUACACUUUUUAUUUAGAGUCUACAGUAGGUUGUUAUUCAGAGGAAGCAAACAUUUUAACCAAGACAGCUCUGCACAGCAGGACUCGGACUCUGGCUUCAGCUUCACUAACAGAGUAUGGCCAGCUCCACUAAAAAAAAAAAACACUGGGGAUGUGUUCAUGUGAAGCAGGUAGAAAACAACAAUAAACAGAUUUUUUUAUGCAAUUAUUCACUCUCUCCUCCCGUUUCCUUUCUUGCUUCUGUCCGCCUCUUCUCACCCCGUCUGCCACCUCUCCCACCCUGCCUUCAGACUGUCACAACCAGAGACGUUGCAGCUGCACACCAGCAUGCUGUAGAUUUCAAUUCAUGUGUUCCCGUCUUCUCUCUGUGACGCCAUAUCAGAUUACAUUGUAAUUACAGACGCACCGGGAGUGUGCUCUCGGCCGUUUCUGCUCCAAACAUGGGCAGAGCUGUGCUAGACGGCACCGUUUCUAGGUCUGAAUAAACACGGGUGUAAGAUGUUUUUGUAAGCCUCACAGACCAGACCUUCUGUCUUAAAAUGUGAUCUUAACCAAAAUCAGGUGAUGAUGGGAUUCUGCCCUUUUUUGUAAAUACAACAGUUGUUUAUUGAAAGAAUGCCUGAGUGUGUCUUUAAUGUCUGCUGCGGUUCUUGAAUUACAUGCUGGUGAAACACAAAUUAAAGCGACAGUGUUGAGAAUGAAUAAGAACAGACUUGGAAGAGAUGGAAUAUACUAUUCAUUCAUAUGUUUGUGUGGAGGCUGCCAACUUAAACCUCCAUGUGUCUACACCAUAGACUGUAUACACUAUGGACAACUUGGUUCCGCCUUCCGCCAGUAAACAGAUUUGAAGCCAAAAA